AUGUUCGGCCACAUGCUUCUCUCAAAUCUUGCAAGAAUGGGUAACCAUUUCCAAUUUGCGUCGGCUUAGUUUUUGCUACAAUUUCUAAGAAAUCAUGUAUUAUCUCUAGUAGAGAAAUAUUUACGCCAGGCCGUAUUGCUUUCAUGGGGUGAAUAGUUUCGAAUAAAGCUAGGUUAGGACACGUUUAUAUUGUGUUGGGAUAUAUCUGUGAAUAUGACUAUUUAGUCUGUGUUUUCACCAAAAGUAAUCCAAGAUGCCACAGAACGAUUACAUUGAGCGUCAUCGCAAACUCCACGGUCGUCGUUUGGAUUAUGAAGAACGCAAAAGAAAAAGGGAGGCACGUGAGCCCCACAAGAGGGCCAAGAUAGCACGAAGUCUGAGAGGUAUCAAAGCAAAAUUGUACAACAAAGAACGCAGAAAUGAGAAGAUACAGAUGAAAAAGAAGAUCCAAGCUCAUGAAGAGAAAAAGAUCAAGAAGACAACAGACAAGGUGGCUGAAGGUGCAUUACCUGUAUAUCUUCUCGAUAGGGAUGUUCAAUCUAGAGCCAAAGUUUUAUCAAACAUGAUAAAACAGAAACGUAAAGAGAAGGCAGGAAAAUGGGAUGUACCGAUACCUAAAGUCAGAGCUCAAGGAGACGCUGAAGUAUUCAAAGUGGUCAAAACUGGUAAAUCUAAGAGGAAAGCAUGGAAAAGGAUGGUAACAAAAGUAACGUUUGUUGGAGAAAAUUUCACAAGAAAGCCACCUAAGUUCGAGAGGUUCAUAAGACCGAUGGCCCUACGUUUCAAAAAGGCCCAUGUAACCCAUCCGGAAUUGAAAGCCACUUUCUGCCUUCCCAUCAUUGGCGUGAAGAAAAAUCCAAGUUCGGCAAUGUUCACAAGCCUUGGGGUCAUUACCAAGGGUACAGUUAUCGAAGUCAACAUUUCCGAGUUAGGUCUAGUGACUCAGACUGGUAAAGUGGUUUGGGGUAAAUAUGCUCAGGUCACCAACAAUCCUGAGAAUGAUGGUUGCAUUAAUGCUGUUCUGUUAGUUUAAUCUGUAUUGUAAUAUUUGUAAUAAAAAAAUUCCACAGUA